AGACGUCGGCCGCGGAUCGCGAUGCAAUCAUUCGAGUAUCGCACUUGGUCCGUUUAGCACGCGUCUUCUGAUUUGUCUGCUCUCGCUUAUCGAAUUAGCUUAGCUCGCUCGAUAGAUAUAGUAUUUAGCUGCAUUCGUUUGUCGUUCAGUUCGCGAAUCCACGUGCGCGCCGCCGUCGGGGAGCAUACGCUUCUUUUGGUCGUCGUUCUUUUUCCUGUUCAGUGGUGCAACAAAGUAGUUGGGUGAUUUGAUAUUAAUUGUGAAGAAAAGGAAGUGGAGUAAUGCAAUGAAAUGAUUCGGGAUGAGAGUGGAAUCAUAUGAGGUGAUGUGAAUAUCAUUGAAUUUGAAAAAGUGUGAUACAAGGUAACAGAAAGAAAGUAUUUUCCGAAGCUGCAGUUUUUUUUUGGGUUUUCACUGAAGAAACGAAGAUUCAUUGAUGCAAAUGCAUAAAUAGUUAUUGAUCCCAGUGCCGAAGGAAGCUUUGGAAAAAUUGCAAGCACUCAGUGCUAAUAAGUGUUUUGUAUAAAUAAAUUGUUUAAGUUUGUUUUUUUGGUUGCAAACAAAAUACAUUCUCGUCGAUAGAAAUAGGAUAAAAUAGUUGAUAACAUCAGCAUAUUUAAAGUGGCACCUCAGCUCAGGUGAUCAACGGUUCCGAUCUAGUACUGCGCGAUUUAUCUCUCAUAUAUUGUGAAGUGCAUCUACAGCGUGCUCAAAGUUGGCGCUGGACGGGAUCGAAGCAGGCGACGGUGCUUGGAGCCACGAGACAUCCUCCCCGUGUGCGCUCAAGAUGAGUCUGAAAAAGGCGAGUCGCACCAAGAGCUUGUCGCUGAGCGGCGACGACUUUCCGUUGCGGCCGGCAAAACCGCGGGCGGCCUUUGUUACGGCCAAGCGACCCGAGGAUACGCUGAAGAUCAUGAAGUACAUCGACGAUAACGUGAUCGGGAAGGGUGUCGCAUUUCUGGGACCGUUCGGUCGACGAAAAGUCGUCUAUGCCGAUUAUGCCUCGUCGGGCCGCUCCCUCCAGUUCCUCGAAGACUACAUCAACAAAGAAGUCCUGCCGGCAUUUGGUGACACAAACUGCAUCUCCGCCGUUACCGGUCUUCAGUCACACCUUUACGACAACGAAGCGCGGGACCUGGUACGGGUUGCCGUCGGUGCCACGCCCGAAGAUGAAGUGAUCUUUUGUGAUAACCCAGCGGAACGACUAUGUUUCCUGCUGUCGAACUGUGGUCAUCAUCACCCGCGAACCGUCGCCCAGUCUCUGUCGCCGGUCCUGUUCGUAAGCACCUCAGAACCUAUCAGAAACCUCCGAUUGUGGAUCGAUGCCGGAUGGCAUGUUGAACGGAUAAUCAAAAACCACGAAGGCUUUCUGGAUUUGGUGGACUUGGAGAAGCGGUUGAUGCAGUACUCAGAAACGAAGCGGACCAUGGUGGGGUUGUUCUCGGGCGCUUCGCGCCUGACGGGGAUCUUGGCAGACGAUGUAGCGACUACAAUUUUGCUCCACCAGUAUGACGCACUGUCGAUUUGGGAUCACAGCAUUGUUGCCUCUUGUGCGCCCAUCGUGACAAACCCCAUUCUUCCGGGUGCUCAAAAAGAUGCCAUAUUUUUCCACUGCAACAAGAUGGUGGGUGGAGUGCAAGCUCCUGGGGUGUUGGUGAUCAAACGUAAGAUAAUUGAAAGUUCGGGUUCCUGCCUGAACGACACCGUUGGUGUAGUCGAAGCUGUUCGGGCAGGUCUAGUUUUACAGCUGAAGGAAUCCCUGGGAGUCCAAGCAAUCAUGAGUCGAAUGGAGAAAAUCUGCAAGCAAAUACUGGCUCAUGUGAGGACGAUACCGGAGAUAGCUCUACUUGGGCCUCCGUGUACUACGGCGAAGAGAUUGACGACGUUGUGUUUUAUGGUGCGCCAUCCGAGGGGGGCGUUUCUACAUCAUCGCUUUGUAGUGGCCGUCCUGAACGAUGUAUUCGGGGUUCAAGCAACGGCGGAUAAUAUGAUAUCGGAUUCGCUGGGAAUAAAUCCGCAACUGGCAGUGGAGUACGAUAAAGUGCUGAACGACGAAUCACUGAAGGCUGCCAGCGUCCAUCCCGGUUACAUAAGAAUUACAUUUCCGUAUUUUAUGGCGGAGGCCGAGGUGGCGUUUAUUCUGGAGGCGCUCAAAAUGGUGGCUACGGAGGCUUGGAAGUUAUUGCCUCAGUACGACGUAGAUGAUCGCACAGGAGAAUGGAGACACCACUCGAACUCUCUCGCCAAAGAGCGCAAAUGGUUGGGUGCAAUCCGCUACACAGAUGGGAAGAUGUUGUUUUCCGAUCGAAGGAUUUCCGGACCGGGAUCAUUUCCACAGAGCUAUUCGGACUGUCUUCAAACUGCACGCAAUUUGUUUAACCGUUCCAGAAAAAUGGCGCAAAAGUCGACAUCGGAUGAAGUUGUUCUCAAGUUGCCAAGCAGUUCGGUAGAGUGUUUAAGGUGGUAUAUGCUGCCGGGGGAAGCCCACGAAUUACUGCUGGGUCAUUCGCACAGCGUCAAAAAUACGGUGCCAUUUGAUCCCACCACGAUUCCAGAGAAUCCAUCGCUUCUGAUGAUCCAUAGGCAUCAUAGUCUUUCAGCGCUGGACAUCAAGCGGUUCAAGAGCCGUAGUCUUCCGGCAUCUCCACUACAGAUCUCCGUUCGUCGGCAGCACUCCAGCUCACCAAACCAGUCGUGCAGUCGCACGCCAACUCCUACUUCGUCGCCCCCAAUCGUUCGGUUUUCGUUAGGAGGUGAAGUCACUAACUUCAGUCCCCCGUCUCCACAUCAACUUCAGGUAACGAACCUAGCAGCAACCUCCGACGUCAGCAUCAGUCGAAACAGAUGUAAUAGCUGGGGAUCUCCACCGAGUACGGUAACGACUGGCAGUCCAACCGACCGCGGUAGUCUCACUAAUCUCGAUUGCGCUACUAAUGCUAUUUGCAAUGAUGGGAAUGAUAAUGGUGGCGGAACUCUUGAUUGCUUUGGUCCCCAGACGCGAAACAGUCUUGGCUUGGGCCAGCAUCAGCGCCAUCGAUCUCAGGCGAUCGCGUCGACGACGACAACGAUGACGAUGACCUCCCGUAAUGGGGGCCGCACGUUAAGCCUUAGCGAACGAUCGCCCGUGUCGCCGACGCCUUCGUCUGUUCCCCGGCCACCGAAGCAGCGCUCUUGUUCCUGCAGUAGCCAGACGGAUCUCAGCAUCGGAUCCUGCGAGAAUCUCGCCACUGCAGUUGCAGCGUCGCUUGCACCGAGCUUACCGAAUCUGCUGCAGUCGUUGCCUCUGGGAAGCAGCUGUUGUAGCGAAACUGCCGAAGACAUCCAAGCGUACGUCAAAGAAGUUACCAAAGAGCUUGCAACGGAAAUCAAAUCCGAAAUUCGGGAUGUCAUCUCCAAAGUGGAGGACGCAUUAGAAAGCACAGACAAUUUAGAUUUAACAGGGGCUACAAUGAGUUCUCUUGGCAAUAUAAGUAAUAGCAACGAAAGCAAGCGUGAUUCGAUCUCAGCCAGUGACGUCGUUGACUAUCUCCGGGAGUUCAGCAAGGGAAUGAUGAACGAGGUCAAAUCUGAGAUCCGCGAUGUUGUGAAUGCCGUGGACGAGAUAAUCUCGCCCGAAGGUUGUCUGGGGUCACGCAAAAACUCCCCACCUGACAUCCUCAAGGCUAACUCGGCCGGCGGCGGUGGUGGACAUAGACUAUUGACCAAGCAGCGCUACAGCGAUACCACUCCUGACACCAGCCGGCCCAAGUCCGCCGACAUUGACAAACAUCGUUCGGAAUCGUUCCCUCGGCCAAACUCAUCAAUCCACGCUGCCACGGCGCCAAGUCCAGAGCACUCCGGUCCGGGCUUGCCCUACACCGGUGCCAUCGCCAAAAAGUCAGAUCUCACCUCGUCCAUGUCUUCCCAGGACUCCGGCAUCAACAUGAGCUUCAGCGAGCAGGACGACAAGCUUCGCAGCACAUUUGGCAAAGACAGAAACCGCACCGUUUCAGCACAUCUCGAAGGGGAGUCGGCGCGCCAUCAAGUUCCGCAGCGAAGAGUUCAGUCGGAAUCGGCUGCACCGCCGCUACAAAUUCCAACCACACCGGAACCGACACGCCUUCCGACCACGCCAGAGGUGGCGGACGCGUCGACGCCGAAAAGUGCCCUAAUGCGCCAGUCGAACGUGCUGAAGAGCUCACCCUCGCAGGAACACGAUCUGGACGGGGCUCCGGAGGGCGCCCGGUGGCUCAAUCUCCCGAAGGAGACCUGGAAACAGGCAGCCGAGGCCUUGGAUGACUUCGGCAUGAUACGGGACGGAGACCGUAUUCUAGUCUGCCUCUCCGGUUCCAGCUCGUCACUGUGCAUGCUUCACCUGCUCCGACAGUUCAUCCGAGCCCGGCACCUGAGCAACAUCCAACUGGCCACGGUUAGCUUCGGUGACUGCGGUGUCGACCCCCGGGCCCUCAUGCUGUACCUGCGCGAACUCGGAGUCGAAUACUUCUACGAGCACUGCGAGUCCCUGGAAAACCUGCAGGAAAAACUCAUCACCGUGGCACAGCGUCGCGGCUACAACGUCCUUGCCAUCGCCAACACCCUGGACAAGCUGGCCGACCGUUUCCUGGCGUCGCUGCUGUACAAAGGCAAACUGAACUCGCUGCAGGCCAUCACGACCACGUCGGCCAGCGCCGGUCCGCAGAAGAUUCGCAUUAUCCAACCGCUGCUCUACAUUCGGGAGCGUGCCCUGGAAGACUUUGCCGCAGCCAGGGUGCUUCCGACGAGGCCGUCACACCUUUUCACGCGUCCACCGGACGCCACCAACAGUAUUCUGCGCGUCCAGGAGGCCACCAAUCCCAACGUCUACGGGAACAUCCGGAGCGCACUGAAGCCGCUGCUGGCACAGAGGAUAGAAUCUUCCAGGGCAACAUAUGAAUCGUUGAGGGCAUCGUUUGACAGCAGAAAUUAGAUGAGCGGAGUACAACACACAAAACCUUCUAGAAAUAAGAUAGAAAUGUGAGAAGUGGAAGCUAGUUAGGAUAACUAAUUUACAUCGAUAGAUGAAUGAUUAUUCAAUGAGUUUUUUAGUUUUAGUUAUAGCUAUCCAAGUGAUAUAAAACAAAAAGAUUAUUUUUUGUAUUUAAAAUAAUGAAGUUCCGAUUAUUGAUGUGUACAAUGAUGUAUAAAUA